ACUGCCUGCAAUGCAAUGCGAAUACAAGCGGCGGGCGCCUCACGUUUUUCCGAGGCACAUUUUGGUGCGGCGCCUCCUAAGCUCGACCAUUAUAUAUACUUGGCCUGCUGGUUCCCUCCCGCUGGUGUUGGCUGGCUGUGCUGGCUCUCCUGUCCCCUCUCCCCUCUCCUGUCCUCCCCCAAACCCCUCCCCCUUUCCAAUCAUCGGCACCUGAGCAGGGAGGAGGAGGAGGAAGAAGGCACAGACAGGGGCAGGGAGGGAGAAGAAGGGGAUAAAAGUAUCACGGCAUGGCUUCAGCGUUUGAUCCUGCUCUUGUGCCUGCAGGGAGAUGACGCCAGGAGACCUCGUCAAUCUGCAGUAGCUCUAGGAGGGGCUGCAGGAGGUUUGGCAUUAGUUGGUGCCAUCACACUCAUUGUAGUGCUAUGCCUACGGCACCGCAGAAGGAAUUCAGAUUCUUCAGAGAGUAAUUCGUCGGGUCAAGCUCUUCCAGACAUGCAAGGAGCAAGAUGUAUGACACUGGAGGAACUAAGGUCUGCUACAAAUAACUUCAGCAGCUCGAAUCUCGUCGGACAUGGAAUGUUCGGAGAGGUAUACAACGGUUUGCUCCAGGAUGGCACAAUUAUAGCGGUUAAAAGGCGGCAUUCUCCUCCGAGCCAGGAAUUUCUUCAUGAGGUUAAUUACUUAUCGUCUAUCCGUCGUCAUCCCAACCUCGUAAAUCUCUUGGGGUAUUGCCAGGACAAUGGCAUGCAGAUGCUUGUUUAUCAGUAUGUCCCCAAUGGCAGCAUUUCUACGCAUUUGCAUGGAAAUGGCCAUUCUCCAACUGCAAGGCUAGAAUUCAAGCAGAGACUUGCUAUUGCUCAUGGAACCGCUAAGGGCCUGAGUCACCUGCAUUCCAUGACCCCUCCUGCUGUCCACAUGAACUUCAAAACUGCUAAUGUCCUGGUGGAUGCGGAUUUCUUACCAAAAGUUGCUGAUACUGGCAUCCGAGGCCUACUUGAUCGACUAGGCAAUGCUGGCCCGCCUUCGAUGAUAUUCAAUGAUCCGUUCGUUGAUCCUCGGGGGAAGGAGUCCAUGAUUUUUUCCAUACAAAGUGAUGUAUACAGUUUUGGUGUGUUCCUUGUGGAGUUGAUCAGUGGAAGGACGGCUGCGUCUGAUCAAGGCAUUAUUGAAUGGGUUCGGAACUUUCAAGAAUCAAGUGAAAUCUCUGCAAUAGCAGAUAGGAGAAUGACCAGUGGCUUUACCCCACGAGGCAUGAAGGAAUUGUUGCGCUUGGCAUCGCGGUGCGUGAACCCGGCAAGCGAGGAUCGUCCGUCGAUGAGCCUGGUGGAAGCCGAGAUACACCGGAUACGCGAGCAGGAGAUCAGGAGGACGACAGCCAUGCCAGUGGGCGACACAACUGUGACCCUAGGCAGCCAGCUCUUCACAUCACCAAGAUGAAGAAGAAUGGAAAGUUAUAGCAUUUCAAAGGCUAAGCUAGUUUUCCUCUUUCAGGGUUAUAGAUUAGCUAUUCUAGCUCCAAUUUUGCCCCAUUAGUUUCUUCUCAUAGUGAGCCAGCUCAUCAUCAGCUGUGCAACUCAAGUGUACAAAAAAGGAGGAGCUGUUAGGCUUCCCUUUUCACCCCUGGUGUAUUUUCUUCGUUGUAUUCGACAUAGGGUUUCAACUUGUACAAAAAAGAAUGACAAUUCUUUUUUGCUAGACUUUUGUAACAUCGAGAGGGUAGCGCCAAACUGGCAACUUUAUAUAUCUCUACAAUUUUAGACA